UUUCAAAAAAAAAAAAAAAAAAAAAAAUUGAAGGAGACAAAAAAAGCAACCAAAACAAAACAUGAGAUCUUCUCGCAUUCGAAUCGUAGUAGUUAUCAAUAUUUUGGUGUACAGCUGGUUUGCGAUCUCUCUCAUUGAUGCAAAGCCAUUCACCUUGUAUUGGAAUAUUCCAUCAUUUAUGUGCCGAAAAUAUGCAAUGCCACCUAUAAAUGUAACUGAAAAGUAUGGCAUCGUACAGAAUGAAGAUGACGCAUUUCGUGGAUCGGCGGUAUCAAUUUUGUAUGAUCCUGGAAAAUUUCCGGCUUUAUUGGAAAACUCAUCGUCACGCACACUUGUACAGAGAAACGGUGGUGUUCCGCAACAAGGAAAUCUUGGCGAACAUUUACAAGUCUUUCGACAGCAUAUGAACGAAUUGAUUCCAGAUAAAAACAACAACGGACUGGCGAUCAUUGACUUUGAAUCAUGGCGACCGGUAUAUCGUCAGAACUUUGGUACGUUGCAACCAUACCGCAAUUUAUCGGAAGAUAUCGAACGAAAACGACAUCCAUUUGCACCAGAAAGACGUAUAGAAGCAGAAGCGACACGAAAUUUUGAGAAAGCAGGCCGAUCAUUUAUGGAAAGUACGAUUGAAAUGGCACACAAAAUGCGACCAUAUGCGAAAUGGGGAUAUUACGGUUUGCCGUAUUGUUUCAAUGGUCGAGGUGCUACAGUCGAAGAUUGUGCCAAAGAAGUGAAAGAGGAAAAUGAUCGAACACAAUGGAUUUAUGAUUCAUCCGAUGUAAUUUAUCCAUCGGUAUAUAUGAGCGAGGAUAUUUUGCCAAAUGAUCGUGUCAAAAUGGUACGUGGCCGAGUUAAAGAAUCGAUACGACUAGCGAGACGAUCGCACAAUAUACCAAAACCAAAGGUGAUCGCAUAUCUGCGAUAUGUUUAUACCGAUUCCAGAAAUUUUUUAACCGAGAAAGAUUUCUAUGGAGCCGUCAACACAGUGAAGAGUAUCGGUGGUGAUGGUGUUAUACUUUGGGGUAGUUCUUUCGAUUUAAACAGCAAAGCAAAGUGUAAUCAGUUUUACAACUAUUUGGAAAAUGUCAUUGGUCCGAUCGCACAAUCAUUUCAACCACGUUAUGUUGUUCAACCGUUGCUGUGAGUGGGAUGCUUUUAAUAGCAAGACACCGAAUUUUCAAUUUUAAUUUUGAUAUUUAACUGAAUACCAAUCACGAAUAUCACCAUUACAUUAACCUCUGAUUCUCGGUUCUGCUUUUCAUCACAUAGAUACAUCACCAUUUUAACUCAAUUAUUUGAUUAUUAUUAUUUUUGCUGAACAUAUCUUAGUGCUAAGCUUAGAAUUUACAUGGAAUUGAUGUACAAAUCUCAUCCCGCAUAGUAACAGAAAUUCACUUUAUUGAUUUAUUGA